AGCCCAGGCCAGCAGUCAGUCAGUCAGUCAGUCAGUCAGCAGUGGGCUCGGCUGCCGCAUGGCCACUGUGUAAACUUUCUUCAACAAUAAGGGGAAACUGUCGGAUAACGAAGAAGAGCAGACGCUCGGAGAGUUUGAGGAACAUAAUAGGAAGAGGUCUUCUAUGAAUCGGGAACCUGUGCUCCGCUGAUCAAAGUGUUGUUUCCCACUCGUGCAUGUUUUAACCAGAGGAGAGCUCUGGUGCCGUGUGUCGGCCAGACGACGACUAACAAACGAGUGGCAACAGCAGUCCGGAGGCAUGAUUUUGAGACGGGGCUCAGUCGUUGUUGCCUUUUUACUCUGCUUUCUGGCGAAGGUGUCGGAGGGAACGGGACAAUUCGAGUUGCAAAUCUUAUCGAUGCACAAUGUUAACGGAGAGUUGCUGAACGGCAUGUGUUGUGAUGGCACACGGAACACGGCGGAUAGAAAAUGCACACGGGACGAGUGCGAUACGUUUUUCAGAGUUUGCCUGAAGGAAUACCAGUCGAGAGUUUCUGCUGCAGGGCCCUGCAGCUUCGGAUUGGGAGCUACGACUGUCCUCGGAGGGAAUACCUUUUCUUUCAAGAGCUCUGUCAGGAAUGACAAAUCCAGGAUAGUAUUGCCCUUCAGUUUUGCCUGGCCGAGGUCCUACACUUUGAUAGUGGAAGCCAUGGACUGGAGCAAUGAAACCAGUGAUUGGAAGUUGAUAGAGAAAGCCUCUCAUUCGGGCAUGAUCAACCCCAGCCCACAUUGGCAGAAGCUGACUCACAACGGCCCCGUAGCCCAGUUUGAGUACCAGAUCCGGGUCAGCUGUGAUGAGCACUACUACGGCUUUGGCUGCAACAAGUUUUGUCGGCCCAGGGAUGAGUUCUUCGGGCAUUACACAUGCGACUACAAUGGAAACAAGACCUGUUUGGAAGGCUGGUCCGGACCUGACUGCAACACAGCAAUAUGUCGACAAGGCUGCAGCACUGAACAUGGAUCAUGUAAGGAGCCAGGUGGAUGCAAGUGUCUGUAUGGCUGGCAGGGCCAGUACUGUGACAAGUGCAUCCCCCACCCUGGCUGUGUACAUGGCACCUGUGGAGAGCCCUGGCAGUGCCUGUGCGACACCAACUGGGGCGGCCACCUUUGCGAUAAAGACCUGAACUACUGUGGUACUCACCAGCCAUGCCUUAAUGGAGGGACAUGUAUCAACACAGGGCCUGACAAGUACCAGUGUACCUGCGCUGAGGGCUACUCUGGUGCCAACUGUGAGAGAGCGGAACAUGCCUGUCUGUCCAAUCCAUGCUCUAAUGGAGGGAGCUGUUCAGAAACCAGUCAAGGCUACGAAUGUCAGUGUGCGCCAGGCUGGAGCGGCCCCUCCUGCACUAUCAAUGUUGACGACUGCGCUCCAAACCCCUGCAAUCACGGUGGAACCUGCCAGGAUAUGGUCAACGGUUUCAAGUGUCACUGUCCUUCACAGUGGACGGGGAAGACAUGUCUGAUAGAUGCCAACGAAUGCGAGAGCAAGCCUUGUGUCAAUGCCAACUCAUGCCGCAACCUGAUUGGUGGAUACUUCUGCGAGUGCAUCCCUGGUUGGAUGGGGCAGAACUGCGACAUUAAUAUAAACGACUGCAAGGACCAGUGCCAGAAUGGGGGAACUUGCAAGGACUUGGUAAAUGGCUAUCGUUGCGUGUGUCCCCCUGGCUUUGCCGGCGAGCACUGUGAGAGAGACCUCGACGAGUGUGCGAGCGCACCGUGCCUGAACGGCGGCCGCUGUCAGGACGAAGUUAAUGGCUUCCAGUGCCUGUGUCUGGCUGGUUUUUCAGGAAAUCUCUGCCAGCUGGAUAUCGAUUACUGCUCCCCCAACCCGUGUCAGAAUGGAGCGCCUUGCUUCAACCUGGCCACAGACUACUACUGCGCUUGCUCAGAGGACUACGAGGGCAAAAACUGCUCUCACCUCAAAGACCACUGUCGCACCACCAUGUGUAAAGUGAUUGACAGCUGCACAGUUUCCGUGGCGUCCAACAGCACGCCGGGAGGGGAGCGCUACAUUUCGUCAAAUGUGUGUGGACCUCACGGCCGCUGCCGGAGCCAGGCCGGGGGCCAGUUCAGCUGCGAGUGCCAGGAGGGCUUCAGAGGCACCUACUGCCACGAGAAUAUCAACGACUGCGAGAGUAACCCAUGCCGCAACGGAGGCACCUGCAUCGACAAAGUCAGCGUGUACCAGUGCAUCUGCGGCGACGGUUGGGAGGGCGACCACUGCGAGAUCAACAUCGAUGACUGCAGCACCAACCCCUGUCAUAAUGGAGGGACAUGUCGAGACCUGGUGACUGAUUUCUUCUGUGAAUGCAAGAAUGGCUGGAAGGGAAAAACGUGCCACUCCCGGGAAAGUCAAUGCGAUGAAGCCACAUGUAACAACGGAGGCACCUGCCACGACGAGGGCGACACGUUCCAAUGCAAGUGUUCCCCAGGGUGGGAGGGUACGACGUGUAACAUAGCCAAAAACUCAAGUUGUCUUCCAAACCCGUGUGAGAAUGGAGGUACCUGCGUGGUGACUGGGGAGUCGUUUACCUGCGUCUGCAAGGAAGGCUGGGAGGGUCCCACGUGCACCCAGAAUACCAACGACUGCAGUCCCCACCCAUGCUACAACAGCGGAACCUGCGUUGACGGGGAUAACUGGUACCGCUGCGAGUGCGCCCCAGGCUUCGCUGGUCCAGACUGUCGGAUCAAUAUUAAUGAGUGCCAGUCCUCUCCAUGUGCCUUUGGAUCCAUCUGUGUGGAUGAGAUCAACGGAUAUCGUUGCGUGUGUCCACCAGACAGGACUGGACCCCACUGUCAAGAAGUGACAAGAAGACCUUGCUCGGUCAAUGGACACGUCACCCCUGAUGGACUCAAAUGGGAUGAAGACUGCAACACUUGCCACUGUUCUAAUGGGAAAGUUGUGUGCACAAAGAUGUGGUGUGGCCCUACAUCAUGCCACCUGGGUGCCAAAGGUCGAGGCGGGUGUCCCUCAGGCCAGAGCUGCAUCCCCAUCAGGGAGGGCCACUGCUUUGUGAAGCCCUGCCUCGGGCUCGGAGAGUGCUGGCGCUCCAACCCUCCCCCGCGUCCCACCAAAUGCCACCCCAGCUCCAGUUACCAGGACAACAGCUGCGCCAACAUCACCUUCACCUUCAACAAGGAGACCAUGCCUCCAAGCUUGACUGUGGAGGAUGUGUGUAAGCAGCUGAGGCGCUUGUACGUAGUGAAGAAUUUCUCCUUGGAGCAUUCUGUGUCCAUAACCUGUGACCCCUCAUUCUCAGCCAGCAACGAAAUCCACGUCUGCAUCUCCACGGAGGACCAUCGUUUGGACCGGAGCCCCAUUAAAGAGAUCACAGACCGGAUAAUCGACCUGGUUAGCAAACGCAACGGGAACAACACCAUAAUCACCGCCAUCGCAGAAGUGCGCGUGCCAAGCCCCAGCAAAACUGGUAUGAACCGCCUCCAAACUCUUGUUGUUGCCUGUGCUUUUUCCCAGACUUGCACACACAGUGGGUGGGAGGAUUUGGCAUUUUUUAUUUUUUUUUAAGAAGAUCAGAUUAGAUCGAGCCAAGCCCUGAAUAUGACAGCAACGCCAAGCAC